AUGUGGAAGCCAAAGAUGUUUAGCUUGAGCCCAAUGCUUUAUGCAAUAUCGACACUUUGGGUCCGUGAACACAACCGCGUGUGUGACAUGCUGUCACUGAUGUCGUCUUCGAAAGGGACAGAUGAAGAGAUCUACAAGACAGCUAGAAAGGUUGUCACCGGCCAGAUGAUGACAAUAAUGAUGAACGAAAUCUUAAACAUGCAUACAGGAUACGCGUAUCCGUUGAAGCUCCGUCCGGAAGUUUAUCACCACCGAAUUCAAAACAUCAGUAGUUCCACCACACCAAUUGAACUAGUUUUGAUGAUGGCCAUGUCCAGUCUACCGGAACAGUUUAAUAGUGCUCCUAUGAGUUCGAUGUUCUUCGGUAACAGCAAACAAGUGUUGGAAGAGGGCUUAAAAAAUACGCUGCAGUUUAUGAUCAGCCAACCUAUGGGCAAGAUCUCGGCUCACAACGACGGGUUUUCGACGAAACCGUUGACCAAGACCUUGAUGAAGCUAUCCCGAGAACAUGCGGUGCAGAGUUUUAAUAACUAUCGGAGACGAUUCGGGCUGCCUGCAUACGAUAGCUUUUUCCAACUAACCAAAAACUGGGAAACCGCUGAUGAAUUGAAAAAUUUAUACCAAAGCGUCGAUGAUGUGGAGUUAUUGACCGGCGUGUUGACAGAAGGGUCGAGAAUGGGAUCUCUCCCCACAUCGACAAUCAUGACUCAGAGUUUCAUUAUAAAUGCUAUUUUGACCAAUAACCUGACGAGUGAACUUUCGUGGAAACCAAAUACUUUCAGUGGAGAUGGUCUCUUCAGCUUGGUAAAGGGCACCACAUUGAGGUCGUUUGUAUGUAACAACCUGGUCGAUUAUUGCAACGGGUUAAAUAUUGAUCUGUACGCGAAUUAA